AGCCCGGAGGCCGGUAUGGGCGCCGCGCUGACGCCCCCUGCCGGCCAGCCGGGCUCCCCGCGCUCGCUGGCCCGCGCCCAACGCUCCGCUCGUGGGACGCCCGCGGCCGGAUGCCCUGCAUCCGCACCCUCCUGGGCCUCCUGGCGGCCCUGGCGUCCUGUGGCGCCGUCGCCUUCCUGGGCUACUGUGUUUACUUCGACUGGAAGCGGCGCGGCGACCCCGCCUUCAAGCGCCGCCUGCGGGACAAGAGAAGAGCCCAGCCUCCCAAGGCUGAUGGACCCGGCGCCCAGCUGUGGGAUCCAGCAAGGAAUGAAAAGUUGCAAGAACUUUUUCUGCAAGAAGUACGAAUGGGAGAGCUUUGGCUGUCUAGAGGAGAGCACAGAAUGGGGGUUGAACAUCUCAGCAAUGCCCUUUCAAUGUGUGGGCAACCACGGGAACUUCUGAAGGUUUUUAAACACACACUCCCUCCCAAGGUAUUUGAGAUGCUGUUACACAAAAUUCCCCUUAUUUGCCAGCAAUUUGAGGCAGACAUGAAUGAACAGGAAUACUUGGAAGAUGAUCCUGAUUGAAAAACAUUUCAACGUAUCCACAGUCCAGUCAGAAUACUAUAUUAUGAUAUAGCAUAAACAACUGCGCAGUGAUAUUUCCAUUUAUUUAACU